GAAGGCGCUGCGAGUGCUGUCCCCGGGGGUCUCGCGCGCCUCCGGGAGAGCUAAGCCUUCACGAGGCCACGCCCUCCUCCCCACGGCGCGUGCUGCGCGUGCGGGUGAUCAACACGUCCGGGGAUAGCGGGCUGAGCGCAGGCUGGGGUGGGGUACCCGACAGUUGCACCCGGGACCUGUGGACUCUGCUGAGGCAGCGGGGUCUCACCGGAGACCUGCUGACAGCGCCCCGAAGUCGGGCCGGGGGCGCACACGGGACCUGCGCACUGCGUCUUGGGGGGCUCACUAAGCACCUGUUGGGAGCUUGGGGCCCACUGGGGACCUGCAGACUCCGCCCGGGGAGAUAGGGUGGGGGACGCGCUCACGCCCUGGUGUUUGCAGGUUGUGUGCGCAAGGGGGAGGGCGAAGCGUGGCGGGAGGGCGAGGCGAGGGAAGGAGGGCGUGAGAAAGGAGGCGGCGGCGGCGCGGAGGAGGGUUAUCUAUACAUUUAAAACCAAGCCGCCUGCGCUGCGCUGGGAAGACCUGGGGAGCGUCCGGCCGCACGCGCGGGACACGAGCGCCCCACACUCCGAGGCGCGCACGGCCUGCCACCUCUUGGCCUCCUGGGCCUCGCUGUCCCUGGGCCCCCAGACGACCUGGAACGAGUACUCUGGGGAGUCGCUCCAAGGCACAGUGCCAGGGGCUCCCUUGGGGCUCUGUCCUACUCCCACCGACCCGCAUUCCUCUGUCCGCCCCUCCUGCUGCGCGCGGGGGCUCGGAGGAGUUGCAGGGCAAGUGGAUGCGUGUGCGAUGGACAGCUGCGCGCUGCUCCGGCCCGCGCCCUCCACGCCUGGCAUCUCCGGCGGCUGCACCACUCGGCGGCGACCCACAUCCCCAGAGCUGCUGCGAUGCAGCCGGCGGCGACGGCCGGGCGCUACGGAGACCGGGGGUGGCGCGGCGGCUGUGGCGCGGCGCAAUGAGCGCGAGCGCAACCGCGUGAAGCUGGUGAACUUGGGGUUCCAGGCGCUGCGGCAGCACGUGCCGCACGGCGGCGCCAGCAAGAAGUUGAGUAAGGUGGAGACGCUGCGCUCAGCCGUGGAGUAUAUCCGCGCGCUGCAACGCCUGCUGGCCGAGCACGAUGCUGUGCGUGCCGCGCUGGCCGAGGGGCUGCUGGCGCCAGCCGCGAGGCCCCCCGCGUCCUGCGGGCCUCCCGGGACCCCCGCCGCCUCCGCCGCCGUCGCCUCGCCUUCUUGCGCUUCGUCGUCCCCGGGCCGCGGGGGCAGCUCGGAGCCCGGCUCGCCGCGCUCCGCCUACUCCUCAGAAGACAGCGGCUGCGAGGGCGCGCUUAGCCCAGUGGAGCGCGAGCUGCUCGACUUCUCCAGCUGGUUAGGGGGCUACUGAGCGCUCCGCCCCCGAGCAGCCGCAGCUCUGGACGCGGAGCCACGAGCACGCUCACCGCCCGGGAGGUGGGUGGUCCGCGCCUCGGGCCCACCGUCCCCGCCGGCGAAGCCACCACCAAGCUGGGACUCCGCCGUCGGUCCCCCGUGCCGUCCAGCCUGACCAAGUGCCAGUGUGGAAACGGUCCCGGCCUGACCCCCACCUGGCUGGCAGCUUCCUCAGACCCCGACCAGCUGCCCCCAGAGGUGUUGCCCUGAGGUGGGACUGGGGCACCAACGCGGAGAUUUUUGAAGGGGAGAGGAUUUUAUAACGACACGGAACUUCUCUUUUUUGCAUAUUAGUUUGAACUGCCCAAGGACACCGGCAAUAUGAAGACUUAUUUUUGUACAAAAAAAAUCCCCAGACUGGGAACACAAUAAAGAUGGUCUACUCCCCCGCCCCA